CGUGACUGACUUGAUACUCCUGUUGGCCGGCGCGGAGGUGAAGACAGAGAUCAGAGGAGGACAGCAGGAGAGGAGGAUCACGAUCUGACCGCAGCAUCAUCACGCAGGAAGCAGCAUCUGCGCCCGGAUCCUGAUCCUUUUUCUCUUAAAUUCAAUCCGCUUUUUUUUUUGUUUUAACGAGCGUUGGUAUUUUUAUAUUAUCAUCUCUAACAACCUGCAGACCCAGCCUGCAGCGGACGUCUUCAGCGGCUCUGAGUACAAACCUGUGCGGGGUUUUGGAUGUGUCCACCGGCUGCAGCCGUGUUCGCGGUGCUGACCGCCUGCGUGGCAUGCGCUGCGGGGAGAGGCCAGCAGCUCAACUACCGACCUAUCAUCGGUGUGUUGGCUCAAGAAAACCUUCCAGGAGACCAGUCUGCUCCCGCCCCCUCGUACAUCGCCGCCUCCUAUGUGAAAUACCUGGAGGGAGCGGGGGCCCGGGUCGUACCCAUCAGAAUAAACCGCACAGAAGAAGAAUACACCAAAAUAUUCUACUCCAUAAACGGGUUGCUGCUGCCGGGAGGAGAUGUAGACAUUCAGACGUCACAGUUCAGUCGAGCGGCCCGGAUCUUUUAUAACCUCGCUCUGAAGGCUAACGAUGCCGGGGACUUCUUCCCGAUCUGGGGCACGUGUCAGGGCUUCCAGCAGCUCAGCGUCCUCACAGCCAACAAAAACCUGCUCACGCUCACCGAUACCAAGUCUGUGGCUCUGCCCCUCACUUUCACUGCAGCGGCCAACUCCAGCCGUCUGUUCCAGAGUUUCCCCAAAGAUCUGAUGCAGUCUCUGUCCGAGGAAAACAUCACGGCCAACUUCCACAGCUGGAGUCUGUCAGUGCAGAACUACACCCGGAACUACAAGCUGAAGAAGUUCUACAGGGUUCUGUCCACAAACAACGACGGGGUGAGAGAGUUCAUCUCCACCAUGGAAGCCAAACACUUCCCGUUUUACGCCGUGCAGUGGCACCCGGAGAAGAGCCCCUUCGAGUGGAUCGAUAAGCCGGGGAUGGUUCACACCACGUCUGCUGUCAGGGCCAGCUUCUACACCGCCAGCUUCUUCGUCUCUGAAGCGAUGAAGAGUCAGCACCAAUUCUCCAAUCUUGUGGAGGAAGAGCGAGCUCUGAUCUACAACUUCUCCCCCGUCUUCAGAGGGAUCCACGCCGUGUUCGUGCAGAACUAUUACUUCGAUUGACGAACAUGUCGCGAUGAAAUACGGAUAUUCAAAACAAAUUAAUAGAAAUAAAUCCAGACAGAAUGAAUUCAUGACCAUGCAUAUAGAUUAUAUUUACAUUCAGAUCAUAAGUGCAGAGGAUUGUUUCACACAGUCAACACCGAUUGUUCGAGCAGCUGCUCACUGAAGGUCGAACUAGUGUUGUAGUCCUCGAGAUCGGUCUUGGUCUCCAGACCACUUCCUGAAGGUCUCGUCUCGGAGUCUAAAGCAUUUUUACUCGGUCUUGUCUCGGUCUCAGACUGGGUGGACUCUGGAUUUAAAAUCAAGACCACCACUGAUCGGCUAUUUCUCCUGGUCAUCACUGAGAUUAGAAGGAAAACUCUCUUUCUAAAAGAACAAAUAACUUCAAUUUAUUUGAAGUUUAGUUUUUGUCCCCCGGUUACGUCUGCCACCUUCCCAGUGUUACGGUCUAAGUGAGAGACACGCCCCCUCAACACAAGAUGAGGAUUUUUCAUUGAUAGUUAGGGGUCUUGUCUCGGUCUCGCCCUGCCUUGGGCUUGACCCGCCCUCGAUCCCUAAAUGUCUUGGUCUUGACUCGGCCUCGAUCCCUGAAUGCCUCUGUCUUGGUCUUGUCUCAGUCUCGCCCUGCCUUGGUCUUGUUCUUGGUCUUGGUUUUUAAAAAGCCUUUGUCUUGGUCUUGCCUCGGUCUCAGCAGGGGUCUUGGUCUUGACUCGGCCCCGAUCCCUAAAUGCCUCGGUCUUGGUCUUGGUCUUGACUUGGUCUCUGUUUUUAAAAAGCCUUGGUCUUGGUCUUGCCUCGGUCUCGGCAGGGGCUUGGUCUUGGUCUUGACUCACCCUCAAUCCCUACAUUUCUCUGUCUUGGUCUUGCCUCGGUCUCGACAGGGGCCUUGGUCUUGGUCUUGCAUCGGUCUCGACAGGGGCCUUGGUCUUGGUCUUGCCUCGGUCUCGACAGGGGCCUUGGUCUUGGUCUUGACUCGGCCUUGAUCCCUAAAUGCCUUGGUCUUGCCUCGAUCUCGGAGCACUCUGGUCUCGGGUAUGUCUUGGUGUCGGGGUAAUGUGGUCUUGACUACAACACUAGGUCAGCGUUCUGAGUGUGAAAUAAUAAUCGUGUCUUCAUGUCAUUCAGUGUUCUAGACUCUGACCAAUGGAAAUGUAACAAGAUUAUAUUUUUCACAGAUUUUAAUGUCAUAACGCGUUGAGCUUGGUUAGCGUUUUGAAAGCUGUCUCAUGAUUGUAUUUCUGAGUCUCUGUCAGCAAUUAAACAUUUUUUAUUCCUCAAA